CGCUCGGAUCUGUCAAAGUCGGAAAAACAAGAUGGCGAUCGUGUUUGCAAAUCAAUCUGUGAUGUUUAGUUUUUCGUAGAAAAUUGUGCUUUUUAUUUAGAUUCAUGGAAUACAUUUACGUUCGUUAGUUAGUUAAGAAGGAUUGUGACCAACACAAACGCGUCAUCAAGAUGAGCUACGAAGUGUCGGAGGGGCCAGAUCUUAUCGAUCUGGACCUGGACUUGAGCAUGGGCCAGUUCAACACGACUCAGUCGAUCGAGGACAUGAAACUGGACAAGAACAUGGUGUGGUUGCUGCUGUCGUUACUCACCUCGAUCAUCUGGGUAGUGUACAUAACGUUCUACAAUUCCCGCCUGUUUGGUUACGUUAUCACCAAGUUGGCGAAUCGGCUGUUUGUGAGAGGUGCUUACUUUAAGAUUGGUUCUCUCAAUGUGAACCCAUUGGCCGGGAAAAUUAUGUUUCGGGAUUUCGUUUAUGUGACCUAUGAUUACACGGUUCGUGUCCAGGAUGGAUACUUCAUAUUCCGAUGGUGGCGGUCGUAUGUUCCGAAGGACGUUUCGGAAGAUCUAUCCCACUCGGAUACGAGACUGUCCAUCAUGCUCAACGGAUUCGAGCUGCAUGUGUACAAUCGUUCAGAUUUGUAUGCGAAGCUCGAGCGAACUUUUGGACUGAAGCCCUCUGUGUUGAUCCCGACGGAGAACAUGAGUGCCGAGGAGAUUGCCCGCUUUAAGGAGCAAGCUAUGAACUACGAGAAUCAACGACAAAGCAACGUACAGCAUACAAAGGUGAAGAAGCCGCGGCCAGAGGCUAUGACCGCUACCACUUGGCGGGAUUUGAUCCCGGUGAUCAAGAUUGACAUCUGUUCCGGAAGGUUCGUUUUCGGAAAUCGACUCACCCCGACAACGCUCUCAAUUUGUGUGGAAGAAGCUCACUGCGUCUACAGCACUAAACCCGCAGUGUCCAAGCUGGACCACUUUAUGCACUUUGUCAAGGCCAAAGUGGAGAAUUCAAAGGUACUGUUGGCCCCAAGUCCGAAGUACACCGGAUUAGUUGACGAACCACCUCGAUACAUGGGUGAGGGAUUUGUGGUCAUGAUGUCGAACAACAUGGAGUUGUAUUUCUACAUGGAUGAAGCAGGAAUUGUUCCUGAAGAGCCUGUAACCUUGACGCUUGCCAACGGGGAUGUAGUAGAAGCAUCUCCGCCCGUUUGGGGAAUUGACAUCAAGUGUGGCAAAGGCACCGAUUUUAGCUACGGACCAUGGGCAGAUCGCCAAAGAGACAACCUCUUCAAGUUCUUCUUCCCACCUGACUAUCAAGCUAUGCAGGUCACAAAACCCCCGAAACCGGGUGACCGCCGAGAAAUGCAAGCCUUCGACAUCAACUUGUGCACCCUCAAUGAAGCGACAAUCGACAUUCUGUUCUCGAAGAACAAAGAAACAAACGCCGUUCAUGUGAAUAUCGGAGCCGGAUCUUGCCUGGAAGUCACUCUUCCAUGGAUAACGCUACAGGAUGGCUUCACUACCAAGGUCACUGGACAACUGUUGCAUGUCGAGGCAACGACCAGUCUUCAGUAUCGAAGUCUAGCCGAAUGUGAGACGCUCCAGUUCAAUGUCAAAGUUCACUAUCCGGUGCGCUGGAACGAACAUCAGGAGUGGACAAUCAACCUGACCGGAACCAAAGCGACCGCCUACAUCGUGUACUCCCACAAGUACUUCUUCACCGAUCUGAUCGAUGAUUGGGCUUCAAAAGCCCGCCCGGACAUUCUCAGCUUCGUUCCAUACACAUGGAAGUUCGGCGUCAUCCUGCAGGAAUUCGAAAUCAUCACCCUAAGCAACGAAUUCAACUGGAUCGACUGUUCCAGCACCAACCAGGAGAACCACCAUCUCGCCUUCUGUGGCGACCUGUUCGAUCUCAGCUUCACUCUACCCUUCGAUGACUUCCUGCCCACGAAAAUUCCGAUCGUCUUCUGGAUACACGGCGAAGGUCUCGAUCUGAGCAUGUACCUCCCAGAGCAGUCCAGCACCAAACCCAUUCUCGUUGCCCUGGACAAACACGCCCGCAUUCUGACGCGAGACGGCAGCAUCAAGAACCGAACCGAUUUACUAGGGAAAAAAUGGCGCAAAGUCUGCCAGCGGUCGGCCGGUUGGAUCGAUUGCUGGAGUGUCCCCAUCGUUGCUCUCUCCAUUAAGUACAUUUACCAUCCGAUGCCUCCGUUGGGGCCGGACCCGCAGGCGGACAUUACCACACCGGAGAAGGAGGAAAUUUUGCUCAGUCCCAUGAGGAUACCAAAGAUGCGCAAGUCGCCGGCCAUCACAUGGAAUGACGCCGGCCAGCCGCGGUUCGAUCCCACUAGUUUGCCGCCGGAUCAGGUUUCGGUGGAUGUCGAGAUUGGAUCCUCCGUGAUGCUCGCAUAUGGUGCUAUUUUGCGGAACUUCAUCCAUCUGAAGGAGAACAUCUUCGGCGAGGAUCAAUCGUUCACGGACAUGGAAAACUCAAACUCCAAAUCCAGUGCAACGGGUCGAAGUGGUGGAACAACAACAAAAUCGACCAGCUCCAAAGACGACCCGAACAAAUCGGUUUCGGAAACAAGUUGUAACGCUGACGAAAAGCCCAAACGUUUCGAUCCUAGAUUGUACCGACCGUUGGAAGUGAUUGUGAAUGUCACGAUACACGAUCUGCAGGCGCACGUGAUCAAAAAUUGCAACGAGAAUGAUCCGCCUUGUCCAGUGGUUCUGAUAGAGAGGCUUGGAUUUGAGAUGAAAAAGCGUUUCCAUGAAACGGAACUUCAAGUGCUGGUUAGCCCGUCGUUCCUCAUUUCGUCGGACAAUUCGAUUCGGCCUUCGAAGGACAAGCAUCUGAAACAGGGACACUUGCUGCUAUCCGCUGUCCAGGUGCGAGGUCAUGCCAUGUUCAGCAACGAAGGUCGUCAACUUGAGGAAGAGACACUGGAAUAUGCCUGGCUAUUGGAGGUCCAACUUGGGAAGCUGUCGGGCAAGAUGACCCUACCUCAGCUGUGCAAUGUCGUAACGGGUUUGGAAACGUUGGCAUUCCUCACGAUGGAUUCGGAAAACGAACUCAAAUCACCGAAAACCGUUCGCUAUUGCCAUCACGGCAUCGCCACCAACUUGUGUCCUCAUAGCAAAGAGGAUGCCAAGUAUCGCUGCCCAUCGACUGAAGACAUCAAGUACCGUAUGACUAGAGUGGCAAUCGAUGCGGUCGAUUUCUACCUCAUCGAAAACGGCACAGCAAUGCACACGUGGAUCUCCCCCAUUCGGAUUGCUACCUGCAAUCUCCAUGGUCAGCAGGUGAAAUCCGGUGUUACGGGACUGAUUCCAACCAUUCUGCUGCGGCAGUUUGUCUCUACAGGAGGUCACUUCAGUCACAGUAACGGAAACUCCCACAGUAACACCAACACAACCGGCAGCAAUCGGUCGGCCAAGAUUCGGCAUCAAAACUCUCUAAAGCAUGAAUCGGAUCAAAAGGACGACACGAAUCCCCUUUACAAAAGGGGCGACGAUGCCGGUACCAAACCAAAGAAAGUGUCCGAACAACACCAGCAGCAAAUACCCUCUUACCAUGGCCAUCGUCGAGAUUCCAAAGAGGACCAGUACGGAUCGCUGCCGAAUCGACGAAGCCACGAGUCGGAUCACUUCCGGCGGGAAAAGGAGGAAAUCUAUGCUUCGAUACAUUCAACCAAUCGGAACAGCAACAGGGACAUUGACUCGACGGAACCGUGGCUCGAGGUAGGCUGCUUGUCUUUGGGUCCCGUCAUCAUUGAAGCGGCUUCGGCUUUGCCCAUACCGGAGCACUGUCUCCAUCUGGUGCAGCACAAUUACUUGAAACUACACGACGAGCGCAACAAGAAACUGUGGUUCCUAUGGGCCAAUACCAGCGACCCGAUACGUUGUGGCUGCGUUGGAGGGUGUGCUUUCUUUGGAUCCAAUCGCAAUGGAGCGCGAUUCUUCAAACCAUCUGCUCAAGAUCUGCAAGACUUCAUCAACAUUGCCCGGUAUCACAUUCACCCGAAUCCUCGCGAGUACGGUUUCGGUCAAAGCUUGCUCCACGAAGACCAGCUGGUGUUCCAUACGCCGCCCUACAGCAUGCAACCAGUGUCGCUUCAGGAGUGCUACGACUAUGUUGGGAAGCCCAAUCUUCGAAGCACUCGACACUGCCCGACGGAUUCCAAAUCUCCGCUACCGCCGAAACAUGAAGCUUUCAUGACGCAGAAACAGUGUGACGUGUCACCUAACAGUACGAUGAUUCGAAGUGGUGGGGAUAAGUCGGGGAAAUCAUCGCUGGAACGGGUUAAGGAGAAGGACUGUGGCGGGUCACCUCUCAGUGCCGAUCGGAGCCGCGGGAGGCGUUUCUCCUACACUAGUGCAAGACAAAACACCAUAUCCCAUGACGUCCCAUACUACCGCUUACUCGAGUCUAGUCCGAAAGCGAACAAUCCCAAAAUAUGCACCUCCAUGCGGCAAGAUUCGGAAUCUCGCCUGCUCACCCCCAAAGCCAUCAAAGUGCAGGCACCGAAAACGAGUGCUUCCGAUUCGCGUCUCACAAUGGAGUACUUCCAGGGCGAGGACACAGUAAGCGUUUCGGAAGAACCCACAGAACUGUCCCACUCGGCACCUCAGCCACAUCCCCUGGAGUCGGACUCAGAGCACUCGCUGAGUCCCAAGGUGCCGCCAGAGGAAGUCAUCAUACGUGACGUGCAGCGGACAGUGUCGCUAACAUCGGAGAAUCCCUCGGAGGCGUUCUUUUCUGCGGAUGAAGAUCUGCACGCCUCGCGCAGUUCCAGCUUGAAGGCUACCGACCUUUCAACGGUUAUUCCGAAGAAACGGUUUGCCUCCGAUCUCAGCAUUGUAGGCCCGAACGAAAUGGAAGGAAAGCUUUCAACACAUCGGAGUGACUAUGAAAUCCAUACCCCGGAGCAUCGCAGUCUUCCAAUGAGGCCUCAGUCAACUGCAGAACUGAAUGACGAGGAACGUCGGAUUCACGGGCUCGCUACGCCUCUUCGCAAGUUCAGUAAUAUCUCCCCAAGGCCCGAGUUCCGACAUUUCAAGCCGGUUUAUGACGUGGAUCCUCACGAUUCAUCCGAAUCGCAUUCGCUCUCUUCGAGUUCGUUCAUCUCGGCCCUAUCCUCGCAAGAGGACAUCACCCUGGUGAACCUGCACAUGCAAAUCAAUCGUCCGAUUGUCGACUCUCCGCUACUGAUGGCUAGCUACGUAACCCACCUAGCACAAGUUCGAUGCUCCAAUUGGGCUCACUGUUCGCUUCCAAUAGGAGCGGAUGCCUUCUCGAUGCCUCUCUUCCAGCAGAACGAAGACGGCGGAUUGGUCUACAUCGGUGGUAGACUGGUUCCGCACUUCGAUAACUAUUCCCAUUGGCGAGAGGUGAAAGUCAUUUCACGGUACGACGGCUGCAGCCAACAACAAUCGUCCACAGCAUCGGGAAUGUCGACACUGCCCAAACCACAUCCGUGGGAUCCCAGCGUAAUGGUACGGGGUAGCUUCGAGAAGCAGGACCACAAAGAACACGAAAGCGAGUUUUUGAGCUCGCAGGGGGAAACGGCCACCCGAAAUUCGGUGGUAAUUCGGUUCAAAGGUCAGGUGGACGUGAUGCUGACACCGCUACUGCUGGAAGGUCUUCAAAGAAUGAUCGAAUCAGUGAUUCCAACGUUGUCCACCCUGCAUCCGCUGACGAUAAUAAACGAUGUCCACGCUUCGUGCGUACGCAAAGUGGAAGCUGUCAAUAUACUGAAACGUGAUCAAUCCUUGAGCUACUGGUCACAGGUUCACUCGAACUCGAAACGUUCCACAGCUGAACGCAACCUCCAAGGACCGGGUGGUCCCGUUUUGACGGAUGUUUACGAGGAAAGUAUUUCGACUCAGCUGCAGGGUUUGGUUGUACUGCCAAAGGUCAAUGUGACCCUAAUUCAAAGCUCUGUGAUUGAAGAGGUCAUAUCAUUUGCUGCCUUGGAUAAUGUUCAAGAACUGAGCUGUGCCUCGUUACUGGCCGUCUGCUUUGAAGGGGUAUCAACUAGAUUUCAUUUGGGGAAAACCACGAAAGCUUCAAUGCAUACGGUUUAUACUCAACCUACCGUGCGGACAGGUGGCCUCAAAAAGAGUGGACUGAUACGAGGAACCAGGGCCUUGUUGGCACAUCUUUCGUCGCAAUCACGACCGGAUAACAUUCCAGGGGAACCUGUCCUGUUGGAAACUUCAGAGAAACAAUUGGAGGAGCUCAUCAUUACGCUUGAUGUUGGCAAAGCACAUGCUCAAUUGAGAAGACUGAAGAAUGACCCGGUGGUCAUGCAAGACUCACAGAUCGUUAUCACAGCGAUUCCUGCGCACAGAAGCCGAGCAAUGUUUGAUUGCACCAAAAUCCCCGAGGAACCUACUAUAGACGGACACUCUGGCAUGGGGUACAUCAUGUUCGAGUGUGGACUGGAAGGUGUUAGUGUUAAGAUUGUCAAACGAUCACAGUUCGAAAAGUCAGAAAAUGCGGAAGAAGCUCUCAAACCAACGCCGGAGCCUAAUCAAGCGGAAGCUAACGAAAGUAGCAUAACUGGUAACAAUCCGCUUAACCUUGUAACGCUGUUGAACGAGGCAGGAGUGUCAGCCGAAGCGUUGGCCAAAAUCGGCAUUAAGAAACCUUCGACUCCAAAAACGGGUACUCCUAAAGACAAAAAUUCGUCAAUGCACGAAACCCGCUCUCAAAAGGACAAACCCAGCGAAACCAGAUCGCCACGACUUGAUGAAACAGACCCAGGCAAAGAUCAUCUGGGAUCCAAUAGCAUGGCUGGAGAGCGAGCACUUGUCACAGCAAAGAACGACAAUGGAAAGACGUCCUCGUGUGUCAUAGAUUUCAAAACGGUUUGGUUCAAUUUUGCUGCUCCUCCCAGAACUCCGAUCACCCGUAAGAUUGAUUAUUCUCGGUUGGAUUGGAAUCUGCUGAGCACGGCAUCGCCUGCCAUUACCGCUUGGAUGAAUCCGAGCAACAGGUUCGCCAUCAAAAUCGUGGCGAUGAUGCGGGCAAUGUACGUCCGAAGGACCGCUGUCCUAGUGGCGCUGAUGGCCGACGCUUGGGAACGGCAAACCGUGCAUCGUCCGCUGAAAAGUCGAUACCCGGGAAUGUUCACGCCUCUGGCGAAGACGCUCCAGGAGGAUCCCAGCUGCCUGCUGUGCACGAUGCUACAGAAGUACGUGCUGGAGGAGACGGUGGCCAAAAUCGAAAACGAUCUCAAGCAGCAGUACGUGCCACAGUUGGGUACCCUGAGACAGGCCGUAAUUGUUCUAAGCCGUCAAUGGAAGAACGUCCUCUACAACCCGAUGCUCUUUGAGCAUCAAUACAAAGGCAAACUGAACAAUCCCAUCAGUGUUACUUUUGCGUUACCACAAGACGAGGAUGCGGAAGAUACGGAUGACAUCGACGCCGAAAACUAUCCGGUGGGUAUCAUUGAAAGUCAUCCAUUGAUGGAUGAAGAGAACGAGCGCACAAUGCUGCUGGGUCAGAGUGCCCAAACACAUCCCAAUUCGAUGGCAGCAGGAGGUUCCCAGCUGCAUCAUGUUAUCAAAAUACCAGAGGAACCGGUACAGAUCCACGUAACUAAGCUAGGAGAUUCCCUUAACACCUCUCCCAGUACUAACAACUCGAACAAACAGCGGAAAAAGUCAUCGGUAAAGAGUUUUAUCCCUCCGGCAGCACCGUCGUCGCGCUCUAGCAUGCAAAUGUUUCCGAUCAUUUUCGAUAAGCAUGAUCCCCAGAUUGAGUAUGGUGCCCUGAAGGAGGGCUCGCUGCCCUCGGUGUGUAGCUCGUCAGAUUCGAUGGACAAACCGUGGACUCCGCCGCCCAACCAGAAGGAAGAUCUGUACUCCUGGAUGGCCAAGCAGCAGAAUGGAAACUCGAAGAACAACCACGAUAAAGCGAAACAGGAGACUGCACAUCGACCGUCCAAGAGCCGGCCGGAGGUUCACUCCAUUAAGUUCAUGAACGAAAACAACCGCAUCCUUGACGCGCAUCUCAUUUUCGAACCCAUGCUCACCUGCCUGGGAGUGAUGCCGCAGCAAAUGAUUAACAACGUGUCCAAUACGGAUGUGUCGUCGUUGGACAGCCUGGGGACGAAUUUGUCGUUGGUUUGCUCCUUCGACACAAUGCGUAUUGAUAUCGUAGUUAGCGAAGCAGGUGACUCAAAGAAACCAAAACCGAAAGUGACGAAGAAAGGAAACGGCAAAUUCACACUGAUAAUGCCGGCCGAACAACCGGCUUUCUUAUGUGAACACGUCGGCGUGGAGCUAGAGCUAUUGAAAAUGACCGACGGGUUUUCCGAUGAUGCUAAACAGCACAUGCUGUACGUAUCGAGAGGUCAACUGAAGAAGCACACAAGCACGGUGAUCAAUUUCAGCUUGAAUGUACGCUAUCUAUCGCAGCAAGUGAACAUGCCGCUGCUACGACUGCUGCAUCAAAUCACCAACAUGUACCAGAAUGUGAAGGAUGCCCAGAACGAGAUGCGCGAUCACCCGGAGCACGGAAAGAGAAGUGCACCACUGAAGGACGAAUCCAGUUUGGCAUCGGAAAUGAACGAUCCUACGUUGAUGGGCUCCCUGAACGAACCGUUGAUGUCACACAUCGAUAAUAGCAUUUUCGAUUGCGCAGAUGAACGCUACGACAAGUUCAACGAAGACAUUCCGUUCCGGCACGAGUUGCGUCAUUCAGUGAGUCGUUCGAAAAUGCCAAGCCUCGGUCCGCUGAUUCCGUUGACUCCGUCGCCCAGCUCUCGCAAUCGUCCGCAUAGCUUCGCCCAGAAACUCCGUAGCACCGGUAAAUCCGUCAAGGGCAAGUUGGGCUACACGAAUCUGAACGAAACCAUACAGACGCCGAUCAAAGCUAGCCCAACGGCGCUGACGUUUGCCGAUGCUCUAUCGCGGAACUCGUUGGAGGCGAAAAAUUCACUGACCGGCGGCUUGUCCAGCACUUAUGGGGGGCCCAAUGUUAAUGAAGCUUUUGUAGAUAUUACCGCUCCGUUCGAUCGUUCGACCUUCACUGGACCGAUCCACAGCAUGCUCGAUACUCCAAAGUGCUGGAAAACGAUAUACCACUUGUUGGAUUUGUACUCUGCGAUGCCGGAAACGAAAACCAUUUCUCAUCGUGUAUCGUUAUCGCCGGAUGCUGCCGGUCAGUUCAAGGCUCGUAAGUAUAACAUUCUGCCGGAAAGCAAAUCCACAGCCCAUCGGGAUGAGGAUGAGGUUGGAUCGGGGACACCCUUACCAAGGGAUGUCGGGAUGGUAGCGCAGGAGCGUACCAGGUUGGUGGUGUUUGGAGUGGCCAAAAUUCAUCGCACCCGACUGCUUGCUACCUUGAGUGGACUUAAAUUGGAAGCGGAAAUAACUGCUCUCCAUUGUAGCACCACUUGGCGUAAGAAAUCCCGCCCAGCAUCGUUGGAGUGUUCCUUGACGGGACAGGUUGGACGUGCCAUGAUUGUGCUACUGGAAGGAGUUCCUCCUAAUCAACAGACCGUCGUCAAAGUUACAAUCGGCAAAAGUCAGACCCUUUAUUCGAGCAUAACUCGCAAAGGAAAGGACAAAAACAAUGGGCUUCUGUCGAUUGGCAUCGUCAACAUAGAUAUCCCCCAGCAUCCGGUUGCACUGCAUGGCAUGAUGACCCGAGGCUCCAAGCAGAUUUCCUCAACACUGCAAGAGUUGCGCGUUACCCGAACAUCCGGUCGGUUGGCACGUCAAAACGAAGAACCAGAAUCUCCGAUGAACCAUCAACGGGAAUCCCGCGAUAAGGUUCCACCAGCUCGGAAGCAAAGCACGGCCACUUCGAAGGUUAAUGCUGCCAACCCAAGUGGUCUGUUGCAACCUUUGGUGAUGCAGUUCAAUGUGAUUCUUCAGAGCUUAUCGGUGACAGCAGCUCUUCUACCGUCGCUGCAAGCGCAGUAUAAGAUGGAUCAUGUGACUUCAACUGGUGUAACAGGUAGCAAAGCGAAGUUCACCGUGGAUCUGCCCAACCAUACGCUUAGUUUCACUACCAAAGUACAGGCAACGGAGGCUAAUUUGCCAUCGGAGGCGUGCAUCGCUCUGCCACCGGUACACGUUAGCGCUGAAUAUGUGCCGGAAAGCUCAUCCGAGGAAGCCCCAAUCGAUGGAGUUGUUCUACGUCAGGGAGGCUAUCUAUCUGCGUCUGCCGAAAUUGGGGUAUUCGAACGAUGUCUGUCGACGGAUUUACUCAACCAUUUGGUGUUUGUGCAGAAAGUGUUCAUGAAAGAGGUUAAUGAAGUAGUGCAAAAGGUAUACGGCGGAGAAAAGCCAGUGCCCAUUUGGUUGGAAGAUGGAGAAGACAAUGGAACGCAGCACAUCAAGAGAUUGCUGUUUUCGUUGAACAUACGUGUUAAAAGAAUACAGCUAACGGCUACCACUCCGUGCAAUUCUGCGGUUCGGUUUGAAACUGGCCAGCUAGAUUUACAUUUAUCAAAUCGUGUAAAAAAUCUAGCAGAAGGGGCAAAUACCAAGCUGUUUGGUAAAGCGCAAAUUGAUCUCAACCUAUCUUUAGGUCAAAUAAUUAAAAACGUUAUAUUCGACGAAGCAGAACCGGAGUUUCAGCAGUAUGCAUUCUUCAACACUACAAUCGGUCUUCGCAAUGCUUUCCAAGACGAAAUGUUGAACGAUGAUAAGGAACUGGUUUUGAUCACUCUGAAACGUCCUUUGAUAUACGUACAACCGAUCGCUGUGGACAAAGCCAUACUGGUGUGGUUGAACUACAAAAAUGCCUACGAAUAUUGGACGGAGAAGCGAGCUAAUCUCAAUAAGGAGGUUUUAAUGGCCACGCAGCAAGUGUUUGAAAAAGUACCCUUUGAGAAGCUAAGCCAGCAUUUGGCCACAGCAAAUUUAUCCACGCUUUUCCUUCAACUGACGGUCGAAGACAUGGGAAUCUGUUUGCCGCUAAAUCAACCGCCUCAGCACUGGGGCAACCGUUCACAGAAUGACUUUGAGCAGAAGAGAGCAGUAGUUAUAACGCUUGAGAAUACAAUUAUUUCGGCAUGCAGUUGUGGUUCGCUUGUAUCCAAAGGACGAUUCGUUGGGUUGUGUUUGAGGUUUGCCGAAGAUUUCGAUUCCUCACUGGAUGACUGGAAACCGAACAUGAACGAUUCGAACAUCAUGAAUCUGUGUGUAGUUUCGGAUGGAACUUAUGAAGUAUGCUCCCGCACGAUUGCAGCUAAGCACCCAGACAAUGCCAAGUGGUUCCUGAAUGUGAAAUGGCAGAUGGAAGGAGUGGACAUUCAUCUGGACAUCAAUAUAGGGAAACAGCUUUCCGCACUUGGCCACACCCUAACCAUGUUAACCGGUUCCGAAGACGAAGAUCCAAUCUCGUCCGAUUCGCCGGAUAGCGACGAUGCCGACCAGUCGGAAGAAAAUCGGGCCUCCCAAGAGUACCCUGGGGGAAAGGGGCGCAAAUCGAUUGAUUCACUGCCGCCGUUUUUGUUCGACACCACUUUGGAUCCGAAGAAGCGAUCGCAGAUGAUGGAGAAUGAAAUUGCCGAACAAACAAAAACGGUCAAUGAUCUGCGUUCGCUAGGUGCUUCGUCCAAGACAAUCGAGAACGAGGAAAGACGCCUGCAGGGAUUGCAAGCGAUAUGCUACAAGUACUUCCGAAGGGAUAUGCUGCAGAAAUGGAAGCGCCCGUCCAUCAGGAAAACUAUGUUGAAAUCCACGAACCGAUCACGGUCUUUUAUCGCUCCAUCCCCCACCAGGGAGGAUCUCAUCGAACAAGGCGAAUGUUCCACAGGUAUAGAAAUCGCCGCAAAUGACGGUCUCCUGAAUAGCCUUCAGGAAUCACCUAAUGCGGGUCCAUCGCGAACCGCCUCAUUGAAAGUCAAGAUCCCGCAAACCAAUCGGGUAACGUUCACCGAAGCCAUGCGCCAGUCGUCCCUACCGAGUGCGGAUUCCGAAACGGGUUAUUCCGAUUCCGGGUUUGAUUGGCCGCGCUGCGAUGGCUCAUCGUUAACCACCUUGGAUACUCCAGAUCUGCUUGAAAUCGACGGUGAACAGGUUGAACUGCGCAAAAAGAGCCCGAACCAUCCGCAGAAGCAACAGGAGCCGAACAUUGACUUCGAGCUUGACAUCAAGGUGCUGGUGAAGUCCGGAAAGUGUGUUCUGCACACUAAGGAUGUGACGGAUGAGAAAAUGUCGACAAGUGUCAGUACCACCAUAAAGCACCACAAGCGCGAAAGAAGCAUUGGCACCGACUGGGGCAGUCCGGUGCCCCCGAGGAGAAGUAAGGAGAAGGCCAGAUUGAAGUAUUCGCCGCACACGGCUUUAGUGGAUUUGACUAUAUUUCACAUUCCUGGUCUGGAUGUCAAAUUGCAGUACCAAUCGCGUAUCAUUGAUGACGAUUCUUCUCCAAGGCUGAGCACCGGAGAUCCUUUCGGAGCAACUCGUCGGCACGGUUUGAAACGGGCCACUCUUUUCGCUUGGAUGACAUUGCAGAGCAUUCCGGAGGAGACAAUUAUCUCUCCGCACAUUCUAGAGUUCCUUGAGCAAACGCUGGAACCGAUUCCAUCGAAGGGGUUAUCCGUUCCGUCUAAUCCAGUUAAUUUACAAAUGCUCGAGAAUAACUAUGCUGUGUAUGCCAGCUUCCCCGUCGAUGUGGUGGUUUACUUUCACAUGCAGCCUUCGACGUUCCGCUUCUCGUGUCUACCGGUCUCUCGGGUGGAAUGUAUGCUCCAACUGCCCAGCCUGGAUAUCAUCUUUAGCUCGAAUCGGCAGGACGACGUGCCUUCGAAUAUCGGUUUAAGUGAGAGCGAUGCAAAAACCGCGGUAGGCUUAAGCGUGACCGGCUGUCUGGCUGAUUUCAACGUCUACAUUUUCCACCCCUAUGGAGGCAAGAAAACGAACCUCAAGGAAUCAAACCAAUUCAGCCCACUGGCGGACAGUGAACGGAAGGACUCGCUCAGCAUUAAUGUUGAAUUCGUCAAGUUCCACAUCACACGGUCCAAGAAGAUCAACUACGAGACCGGACUCAGCAGGAAAAUGUCCGACCAAUCCAAGGCCGUGAUUCGCUUCUCCACCAUUGUGGACAUUGGUUCGGCUUCGUUCAAAUACGAUAUGCGAAGGCUGACGGAGAUUUUGGCAUUCCCCAAGGCGUGGUAUCGUCGGAGUAUUGUGAGGAGAAUGUUCCUCGGCGAUUUGAGCAUACCGCAGGUCAGUAUGUGUGAUUUGGAGAGCGUCUCGGAAGGCAGUAGCAUGAGAGCUGGAACUGAUACGGAGCUGCCAACGGAUCAUCAGGAGACUUUGAGUCGGGACAAGCUGAAGCUAAGCUUGGAAGAUGAUCUGCCCAAACAUAGUUUGGGAAGUACUAGCUCAACGUGCACUACCGCGAAAUUGAAAGACCGCAAGUCGUCCAGUAUGGAUUCAAAUACUUCACCAUCAGAUGUCAACCAGGUUACGUCAUGGGAAACUUUGGUGCUAUUUGCUGUUAAUUUUACUAAGUUAAACGUCCAGAUGAACAUGGGCAACGUAAUGGGAAACAUAGUCUGGCUCACGAAGGCAUUCCGGAGCGAUGGAAGGUUGAGCAUAGGUAGUACAGGUCACAAAAACAUGUACAUUGGAGUAGGGCUAGGAGGAUCGUCAUUAGACGCUAAAGGAGGUAUUGUUGGCGGUACGAUCGAACUGAGUAAGAUCGACACUUUCAUCCAUAUCCGAGAAGAUCCUGGUUGUGAACCGGAUCACAAAGUUGGCAUCAAGCUGCUUGCACUGGAGCUGAAGUUUGACUACAUGGGAACAAGCGUUUUGAUGACCAGAAUCAGUUCGCUAAGCGCCCAGCUUAGGGACGAAUGGAAAUUUUCGAAGGACCAUGACUUCAGCAACACCCUGCCUACCAAUUAUCCAGCUAUAAUUUUGAUCCACGGUGAUCUAUCGUGGGAUCAGUUACAAAUGAUGAUCUCCAAAUCUACAACUGCAGACAUUCUGAAGAUGUUCUACAAGUUGGAGGAAUUCUUCUCGCAACAAUUCAAAUCCUCCAAGAGAGUUUUUUCGAAUCUCGAACCCCGGCUCACCGUGAACAAUCGCUCCAGUGUUCGACGCAAGGAAUCCACUAAAAAGAACCUAACCGUCCCGCAGACGGCCGCUGAGCGUGAAUUGAGCCACCAUGAUGCUCGUCACCACCGCCACUGGCAGCGACCCCUCAAGCAAACCAAGGGCCUGUGGCUGUCCACGCUUGGAGUUCCUCUCUCCAACAUUGGAACCGUUCUCGGAGGCACCAUGGAACUCCACGGCAAAAACAUCUCCCUCGCUUGCUUCCAUGGGAUCAACUUCAAGUCUAAGUCCUGGGCCCUGUUUAGCUUGAAGGAACCGUGCAUCAACUUUGCCACCGAGGCGCAGCACGUGGAAAGCUCCGAAGAGGUGCAUGUCAUUCAAACGUUGACGUUCGGAUUGGGCAUGAACUCGCAGCAACCGUCACAGCAUCACUCAAAUGCAACCGUGGUACGAAUGACGAGAAAUGUGAUUUUUCCGCCGCAGUUCAAAACCCUGCACGAGUGGUUCCAUUACGCUUUUGCAAAUAGUGAAAUUGAUGCGGUUGAUCGUUUCCCGGUGCUGGAACGUGACAAGGAACACCACACGAAUUCCAUCGAGCGUGCUCGAGGUGGUGGAGGAACAUCGACCCAUCCCAAGCUUCAGGAUCCGAAUCACAAUCGGGAAGUGAUAUUCGCUCUGCCUAGUCUCCAGCUACACUUCAAGACUGAACAUUUGCAAGGAAUUAGUACUCCGGAAGCGUCUCAAGAGAAACCUCUGGUCGAAUGCAGUUUCAUCACCGAGUUUGAGGACCACAUUUUCGUAACAGUCGAUGCCGAUGCAUUUUUCUUCCUUCACGAUUUGAUCACAUCCUACUUGAAGGAGAAGGAGAAAGUGUUGGGAACAAUAACCAGUGCUCGAGCUGCAUCACCCAAUCCUCAUUCGGUAACUCCAUCCCCAUCGCCCACACCGGAAAGCCACGCAUCAUCACUCAAGCCGGUCAAAAGUGCUUGCCAGCUGGGAGGUUCCUCCAUGCAUGAUCUCUCGUCAUCCAGUGCAUCGGUUGCCAAUGGCAGUGCGGUCAAUCUGAACGAGCUUGGUGCUGCGGGUUCGAGCAAUCGGGCCACCUCAGAGGAAAAGCAACCCAAUGCGAAAAAUGUUCAUAUCAAAGUGGAUAAGGCUGACGGUGAACUGCCCAUCAGGACCGAUUGGCGGCAUUUCGAUUGUAAAACGUGGCAUCUGGAACCAACUGUUAGACUGUUAUCUUGGGCUGGUAAAUCCAUUGAACCGUACGGAAUCGAUUACAUUCUAAAUAAGCUGGGAUUCAGCCACGCGCGAACCACCAUACCGAAAUGGCUACAGCGCGGUGUGCUGGAUCCCUUGGAUAAGGUAGAGGCUAUGCUAAUGUUACAAUUAUUGCUCAUGGCGCGGGAAAACGACACGGAGGACAAGGAUCAAGAUAAGUAGGUUCCGGACGAGGUAAGACUUUAAAUCUAUUCUCAUAUACAAAACGAUAAUCAUAUAACAAAAGAAACAAUGCAAUUGAUGCGCCACCCCAAAUGGUAAUCAAUAUCUUCAACGUAGGGAAAUAAUUAUUCAGUGGUUAAACUUUCCUAGUCCAUGCUUUAUGCAGCAUCGCAAUAUUGUAGCGCAGAUGCGUAUAAUCUUAUACAGCUUUUUGUGUACUCAAAGUUAUCUUAGUGUAACCACAAACACGAUUAUUCUCCAUGUUCAAAUAAAGCAAUAGUCAUCAAUGCAUGA